AUGGCAGGCCUCGUGGAUCACUCUGCUCAGCAAUCGCUCUAUGUCGCUGGCUCAAUGGACAACGCAACUUCGGCCGUGCAGCAUGCGAUCCCAGCGAUAGCGGAUGUCGAAUUCACGUUUCUUCAACCGAAAGUCAUAAUUGGCUUCUUCGUCCUUCUGAUGAUCUUGCAGGCAAGGAUCUUUGGCGUAGGAUCCAAGAAGCUGCCUCCAGGCGUGAAACCGCUUCCGAGGUUACCAGGUCUUCCGUACGCUGGCCGUUUCUGGGAUGUCCCUGGACCUGGUAUUGAGGCAGCGUGGCAUUUCGGCGAUUUGCACAAGAAGAUGGGACCCAUCUACGAGUGGAAGGUAAUGGGCAUCAUCCAUAUCUGGGUCGAAACCGAUAAGAUCGCGCGAGACCUCUUCGUAACGCGCCAACGCAACUAUUGCGACCGCAAUGAGCUCCCAGCCGCGAUCGGUGUGAAAGAAGGCUCCGAGAUUCUUCCUCUCAUGGGCUAUGGCGAGCAAUUCCGCAGAUACAAGAACUUCAUGCACCUGAUCAUGAGGCAUGCCAACCCCAAAGCCUUCUAUGGCUGGCCUGAAGUUGAGAACAAGAGAACAAUUCGCCGAGUGCUUGAAUCUCCCGAGAGAUGGUCAGAGCACAUGAUCGUGCACUGCGCGCGUACCAUUGCCAGCGUGGCCUGGGCCAAUCCAGAGCACGGAAGCAAGCUUCUCACCAUUAUCCCAACAAUCCUAAAGGCAGUAUCUCCGGCCGGUCCUCUCAUCAACAAGCUCACAUUCCUUGCCAAUCUCCCCGAAGCUAUUUCGCCGUGGAAGAAGGCUGAGGCCGUCCGCAGACAAGAGAUGACCGAUGCCUAUAUGGAGGCGUUGACCGAUGUGAAGGAGCGUGUUGAGAGAGGCGAAGAAGGUACAGACUGCUGGAGCAAGCUUUGGCUUGAGAAAGAGAAGGGCACUGAGAACCUUGACUUCUAUGAGGCUGCUCACGCAAUCGGCUCCAGCUCCUUCGUCGCUAUUGCAACAGUGGGUGGUCCUUUGCACGCUUUCUUCACAGCCAUGUGCCACUAUCCGUCCUGGCAAGAAGUGGUUGUUGAGGAGCUCGAUCGUGUCUGCGGCAUGCGGACUCCUUCCGUCAAAGAUCUUCCACAGCUUCCCAAGCUUCGAGCGACAGUCAAGGAAAUCCUUCGGUGGAGACAGGCGACUCCCUUGGGUGUUCCUCAUGUGGCCAUGGAGGAUGACGUCUAUGAGGGCUACCUGAUUCCAAAGGGCGCUAUCCUGCACGCCAAUCACUAUCUCAUCAGUCGCGAGGAGACCAUGUACCCGAACCCAACUGAGUUCAUGCCAGAACGUUUCCUCGAUCCAGCGUACCCGACUUACCAAGAACCACUCACCGAGUUUCCUAACCUGCGAAACGAUCGGUCUUUUGGCUACGGCAAUCGUAGCUGCCCAGGUGUCGACCUCACCUUCACCGAACUCACGACCCUGAUCGGAUCCCUGAUGUGGGCCUUUGAGAUCAAGCGUCCGGAAGGCUCAAGCGCCCACAAUAACCCUCUUCCAUGGUACGAGACUGCUCCCUGGGUUAUCACGAUGUCGAAGCCUUUCAAGUGCAGCAUCAAGCCUCGUAGUGAGGAGAAGCGACAUUGGAUCCUGGAGGAAACACCUUCGGGUGAUAACCUGAUCAAGGACAACAAGGAUGAAUGUAAGACCCGGUGGGACGUUGCUCGGAAACCAGGCGAAGAGCUCUUCGCUUGGGACGGUCUGACUGAACAGGCGCCAACUGUUCACAGAAAAUUUGGCCCAAGUGUGUAA